CAGCGGACUAUGCAGAGAUUUGUCCGCGUAAAUUAGGGCUUCACCAAACGAAAUGCUGCGGGUCGUGGUUGAGUCCGCCAGCGGCAUCCCCAAAAAGAAAAUCGGAAACCCAGAUCCAAUAACAACGGUUAUCUUUAGAGGUGAAAAGAAGAAGACUAAAGCAAUCAACAAUGAGCUGAAUCCUGUUUGGAAUGACGUGCUUGAGUUCGAUCUGAAAGGUGCUUCCUUGGAUGCAGCAUCGUUCAUUGACGUGGUGGUGAAAGACUAUGAAACGAUUGGCAAACACAAGUUCAUUGGCUCAACAACAGUCUCCCUGAAGGACUUGGCCAGUGGUCAGCUGAAGGCACUCCCAUCCAGGAAUGUGCCCUUGAUGAAUGAGAAACAACAGGCUAUUGGGGCUACCAUUAAUUUGGUUAUUGGAUAUGAGCCACCUGCAAACACUGCUCCAAACCUAAAUGAACAGCCACUUGUGGACCCUGGAGACAGUGAGGUGGGUGAUGACGAGGAGGCAGACACAGAUGGAGGAGCUCAAGUUGACGGCCCAGCAGCUCCCGCUUUACCCAACCAGCCUGGGAAAUCCAGCCACAAGCCACUUCGUCUCAGGCACAAAAGGCACAAAGCCUUGGCCAACAAACCUCAGGACUUCCAGAUACGGGUUCGAGUUAUCGAGGCUCGACAGCUGCCUGGCAACAACAUCAAGCCAGUGGUGAAGGUGAAUGUAUGUGGACACACCCAAAGGACUAGAAUAAGAAGAGGAAAUAGCCCGUACUUUGAUGAGAUGUUUUUCUUCAACGUUAACAUGCUCCCUGCGGAUCUGUUUGAUCAGAGCGCUUGCCUUCGGGUUUAUGACUCCUUCUCCCUCAGAGCUGACAGUUUACUUGGAGAGUUCAAGUUGGAUAUCAGCUAUGUCUACGAUGAACCAGGUCACACCAUUAUGAGAAAAUGGCUCCUUCUUAGUGAUCCCGAUGACUCCAGCUCAGUGGCCAGAGGUUACCUUAAAGUCAGCAUAAUUAUCAUGGGCACAGGAGAUGAGGCACCGAGUGAGAAAAAAGAGGCAGGUGGUGAGAAUGAUGACAUUGAAAGUAAUCUUCUGGUACCAACUGGUGUCACGUUACGAUCGGCCACUCUGAGCCUUAAAGUCUACCGUGCCGAGGAUAUGCCGCAGAUGGAUGACGCCUUUGUUCAGACUGUAAAACAAGUCUUUGGAGGUGAUGGAGACAGGAAAAACUUAGUGGAUCCGUAUUUGGAAGUUAGCUUUGCUGGAAAGAAGCUGACCACCAAAAUUAUUGAAAAGAAUGCAAAUCCAGAGUGGAAUCAAAUCAUACAUCUCCAAGUCAAGUUCCCUUCCAUGUGUGAAAGCAUCAAACUGACUGUGUUUGACUGGGAUCGUCUGACUAAGGAUGAUGCUGUAGGAACAAUGUUUUUAAAUCUGGGCAAGAUUUCUUCUUCUGGUGGAGAUAUUGAGGUGGGCUCAUCAUCAGAAGUUGGUUUUCUCCCAGCGUUUGGGCCUUGCUACGUCAACCUGUAUGGUAGUCCAAGAGAGUUCACUGGUCUGCCCGACCCAUAUGAUGAACUCAACCUGGGCAAGGGUGAAGGGGCUGCAUACAGGGGAAGAGUCCUUGUUGAGCUGUCGACAGAGGUUGAUGGAAAGAUUGACAAAAAUAUUGAAGAUCUCUCCAGUGAUGACAUCCUGGUGGCACAGAAAUACCAGAGGAGGAGGAAAUACUCUAUGUGCGCCGUGUUCCACUCCGCGUGCAUGCUCCAAGAGCCGGGUGAACCAAUACAGUUUGAGGUCAGCGUCGGUAACUAUGGUAACAAGCUGGACUCCACCUGCAAACCCCUGGCCUCAACCACCCAGUACAGCUUUGCUGUGUUUGAUGGUAAUCACUACUAUUACCUGCCCUGGGCUAAUACCAAGCCUGUGGUGGUAGUCACUUCGUACUGGGAAGACGUCAGUCACCGCUUGGACGCUGUCAAUAUUCUCCUCUUCAUAGCUGACAGACUGGAGUCCAACCUCAGCUCUUUAAGAACAGCCAUAUUAGCCAAGGUGUCAGAACCACGUCUGGCAGAUAUGUGGCUCAAACUCAUUGACCAAUUGAUUGAGGACCUUGACAGUUUCCACCUACCAGUGCUGGAGGGCCGUCCCAAUGUAACAACACUGGAUCUCCAAAUGAAAAACCUGCGCGAUGCUACUAUAGACAGUAUCAAACGAAUGGCCAGUCACAAGAGAGAAGAGGCCACAGACGUGAAGGAAACUGUCAGUGACAUUGAAGACUGGUUGGACAGAAUCAAGCAGCUGGCAGAGGAGCCUCAGAACAGCAUGCCAGAUGUGAUCAUCUGGAUGUUAAGAGGAGAGAAGAGAGUGUCAUUUGCCCGAAUCCCAGCCAACCAGAUCCUUUACUCCAGCUUCAGUGAACAAGCCUGUGGCAAACAUUGUGGGCGAACCCAGACUAUCUUUAUGCAGUACCCCAUGGACAAAAACAAAGGUGUGAAGAUCCCGGUUCAGCUGCGGGUCAACAUGUGGCUUGGUCUCUGCGCUGAUGAGAAGAGGUUCAACAGCUUUUCAGAGGGAAACUUCAGUGUAUAUGCUGAAAUGUAUGAGAACCAGGCCCAGGUGUUUGGCAAGUGGGGAACCACAGGUUUGGUUGGUCGCCACAAGUUCUCUGACAUAACCGGAAAGGUGAAACUCAAACAAGAACGUUUCCUGCCCCCACGUGGAUGGGAAUGGGAGGAGGACUGGUUUGUUGACCCAGAGCGAUGCCUGUUGACAGAAGCAGAUGCAGGCCACACAGAGUUCACAGAUGAAGUGUUUCAGAAUGAAACACGUUUACCUGGUGGGGAGUGGAAACCUGCUGCAGAGCCCUACACAGAUGUGAAUGGAGAAAAGUGUCAGAGCCCUGCAGAGUUUGAGUGUCCACCUGGAUGGACCUGGGAGGACAACUGGAGCUUUGACAGCAACAGAGCUGUGGAUGAGAAAGGCUGGGAAUAUGGAAUUACCAUUCCUACUGAUGACAAGCCCAAAUCAUGGGUUGCAGCGGAGAAGAUGUACCACAUCCAGCGCAGGAAGAGGCUCAUAAGGCAGAGAAAGAAGAUCUCCGAUAAGACGACUGCUUCUGAAAGAAGAGACCCAGGGGAAGGAUGGGAAUAUUCCUCCCUUAUUGGCUGGAAGUUUCACAGGAAGGAACGGUCCUCUGACACGUUCCGCCGCCGCCGCUGGAGACGGAAGAUGGUCCCAUCAGACCGCAUCGGGGCCUCGGCUAUAUUCAGACUGGAGGGAGCAUUAGGUGUUGAUGUUGACGAGACCAGUAAAACAGAUUCAACAAAACUAUUUGGUGCCAACACACCCACUAUUUCCUGCCACUUUAGCCGGUCUUAUUUUUACCAGCUGAGGGUGUACGUGUAUCAGGGAAGGAAUCUCUGUGCCAUGGACAAAGACAGUUUCUCAGACCCCUACGUCCAUGUGUCAUUCCUGCACGUGAGUAAGACCACAGAAGUCGUAAGGGCAACUCUGAACCCCACAUGGGACCAGACUCUUAUCUGUGACGACAUCGAAAUCUAUGGAGACCCACAGACUAAUGCCCGCAACCCUCCUGAUGUGGUGUUGGAGCUGUAUGACAGCGAUCAAGUGGGUAAAGAUGAGCCUAUGGGUCGCUGCACAUGCCCCCCAGUGGUGAAACUGAACCCCAGCGUGGAUGUCAGCCCUAAACUACUGUGGUUUCCAGUUACCAAAAAGGGACACAGUGCUGGGGAUGUACUAGUAGCUGCAGAGCUCCUACUGAAGGAAAAGGUGAAGGAUGGGGAUCUGCCUCUCAUCCCUCCUCGGCGUGGAGAGAAGCUCUACAUGGUUCCUCAGGGGAUCAGGCCUGUAGUGCAGCUCACUGCAAUUGAGGUUUUGACUUGGGGCUUAAGAAACAUGAAGAGCUAUCAGCUGGCCACAGUUUCCUGUCCCAGUUUGAUAGUAGAAUGUGGUGGUGAGACUGUUCAAACUGCAGUCAUCAAGAACUUCAAAAAGAACCCAAACUUCCCAGGAUCUGUGCUGCUUCUCAAAGUGCUUCUUCCCAAAGAGGAGAUGUACACCCCUCCCAUUGUCCUGAAGGUAAUUGACCAGCGACCCUUUGGUAGGAAACCUAUUGUGGGUCAGUGCACCAUCGACUGUCUGGAGGAGUUCCGCUGCGAUCCGUAUCACAUUAACAGUGACGUCAGCAUGUCUGCUAGAGUGGCAAUGUUAGCUGCUGCUCAAGGAGAUGUUGUCAUAGACAUUGAGACGGUGAAACCUAAGCUUCACACAGAAAAGGAGGAGGAGACAGUAGACUGGUGGAGUAAGUUCUAUGCUUCUGUUGGAGAGCGGGAGAAGUGUGGACCUUACCUGAAAAAGGGUUAUGACAGAUUACAAGUCUACAACUGUGAACUAGACAACGUUGAACAGUUCCACCGACUCACUGAUUUCUGCAGCACCUUUAAACUUCGGCGAGGAAAGACUGAAGAUGAGGAAGAGGAUCCCUCUGUGGUGGGAGAGUUCAAGGGCUCAUUCAAGAUUUACCCAUUGCCUGAUGACCCUGGAGUUGCUGCUCCACCUCGACAGUUCAGGGAACUUCCUGAGAGUGGCCCUCAGGAGUGUCUGGUCAGGAUAUAUGUAGUCCGUGGUAUCGACCUGCAGCCUAAAGACACUAAUGGCAUGUGUGACCCAUACAUUAAGAUUACACUUGGAAAGAAAACAGUGGAUGACAGAGACCACUACAAAGCAAACACCCUUAAUCCAGACUUUGGGAGGAUGUUUGAACUGUCCUGCUUCCUACCUCAAGACAAGGACCUGAAGAUUGCUGUGUAUGAUUAUGAUUUGCUGAGCAGCGAUGAAAAAGUAGGUGAGACAGUCAUCGAUUUGGAAAACAGACUCCUGUCCCGUUUCAGGCCCUCCUGUGGGCUGCCAGAGACUUAUUGUGUCUCAGGGAUCAAUCAGUGGAGAGAUCAGCUGAAGCCUUCUCAGAUUCUCCAGAACCUGGCCAGAGUGCGUGGUGUUCCUAAUCCUCGCAUAGAGGGAGACGGCAGCUCCCUCUCUUUUGCAGGAAAACAAUACAACCUGCAAGAUUUUGAGGCAAACACAGUGAUCCACUCACACCUGGGCCCAGCCAGAGAGCGGCUGGCCCUGCACGUCCUCAAAAAAGAGGGCUUGGUACCAGAGCACGUGGAGACCAGAACCCUGCACAGCUCCCACCAACCCAACCUGUCGCAGGGACGGAUUCAAAUGUGGGUAGACAUUUUCCCCAAGAGCCUUGGUUUGCCUGGGCCUCCGUGCAAUAUCUCCCCACGUAAAGCCAAGAAGUAUGUCUUGCGGGCCAUUAUUUGGAACACAGCUGAUGUCACUCUGGAUGAAACAAGCAUCACUGGCGAGAAAAUGAGUGACAUCUAUGUUAAAGGAUGGAUGUCUGGAAUGGAGCAGGACAAGCAGAAGACAGAUGUACAUUACAGAUCUCUGGAUGGUGAUGGAAAUUUUAACUGGAGGUUCAUCUUUGAGUUUGACUACCUGCCUGCAGAACAGCUGUGUGUUGUCUCAAAGAAGGAACAUUUUUGGAAUCUGGACAAAACUGAGUUUAGGACUCCUCCCAAAUUUAUAGUUCAGAUUUGGGACAAUGACAAAUUUUCCCUGGAUGACUACUUAGGUUCAGUCGAACUGGACCUACUCAAUUUGAUCCCUCCUGCCAAGACCCCAGAAAAAUGCAGCUUAAAGAUGCUACCGGGGAUGACAAACUCAGCCUCCAAACAGCCAUUACACAACUCACUCUUCUCCCAGAGGUCUGCACGAGGCUGGUGGCCAUGCACCAUUGAGAAGGAUGGGAAACACGAGCUUGGUGGAAAAGUGGAGAUGACUUUGGAAAUAGUGGAGGAGAAAGAGAGGGAAGAGAGACCUGCGGGAAAAGGCAGAGAUGAGCCCAACAUGAAUCCCAAGCUGGACCCACCAAAACGCCCCGACACAUCAUUUUUCUGGUUUACAAACCCAUUAAAGUCCAUGAAGUUCAUUAUUUGGCGCAGGUUCAGGUGGAUUUUCAUUGGAGUGAUUCUUCUUCUGUUGGUUCUCUUGUUCCUUGGAAUCCUCUUCUACUCUCUGCCUAAUUACAUCUCAAUGAAGAUUGUGAAGCCUUUUUCCUGAAGAGAUUCACUGAGAAGUUCGCAUCCUUAAACAGGAUCUUCAGUUGUCUUCAUUGUUAACUCUCAUCUUAAAUACAUUUUCUCUGCUGCUGACAUAGCGCAGAAAUUUAUCAUAUUCCACCUACAGUACAGUACAGUACAUGCUUUUUUCUGCACUCUCAGUAUUACUUGAACUAUAAAUAAAUCUUAUAUAAAUCAAGUUUCAUAUGUUUAUAAUAAGUAAUUUUAAUGAGUGUGAUUAAUUUGUAAUCUAAAAAAAUAAUAACAUUAAAUGUCUCUUUACAUGAUACAAAACUUAAGUCACACAAAUGUCUGAUAUUUUGCACCUUUGAACUACAACUAAACUAUGACUUGUCCUACAUUGUUCAGAACAUAGACCAAUGUUCUAUUUUUUGCGGCGCUCAUUUCUUUUACUGUGUUUUAUCAGAUUACUAGUACUGUACCAAAGUACUGUACAAAAGAAAUUAAACUAUUUUUGUGUAACACUAUUAUGUGUAAAAAUAAAAUUUAAAUUCAAUUUAUUAAAA